GUUCUUCCUCUGCUGCCAAUUCUUACCAUUUUCGCAUUUGGAGAAGGUAUUCUUUCGUGCGAAGGCUGCAAAGUGACAAGAAGCUGCAGAAACUGCCUCCCUCCUCGGCUCAGUGAGAGAGGGAGAGUUUUACACGGAUAGCGGCUGUGGAGAAAUACAGAAGACUACAGUAGAUAAACCCGCGGCGGAGGGCAAUCGGCAGCUUAUUUACCACACCUGUGAUGCGUUGUUCAGAGCAACGAGGACGCACCACCGGGAUACUGAUGGCCACCGUACGGAGGGAGGAUAUGUGUUGAGGAAAAGACUUGGGCGUUGUGAACAAGGCUUCAAGAACUACAGAAGACUCUCUCCGGACGUUAAAAAAGCCCAGUGUGCUGGUGUUUCUUCUAAGCUCCCUGCCUUUUUAAACUUAAGCGAUAAAAAAACACCAAGAUGCCCUUACUUCUGGGCCCCUUUGUCCGCUGUAGGUUCAGCGCCACGCUCCGUGUGUUCUGGCUCGUCUUCGCUGGCUUUACCUGCACUGGCUCCGAGCACGCCACGGCAACACUUCCCGCGGCCUUCAAUGACCUGUUACCUCACUUCCUGGUGGAGCCUGAGGACAACUUCAUCGUGAAGAACAAGCCGGUGACUCUGACCUGCCGCUCCACCCCGGCCACGCAGAUCUACUUCAAGUGCAACGGAGAGUGGGUUCACCAGGACGAUCACUUGAUCGAGCGGACUAUCGACCCAGCCACAGCGCUGCCAAUCAUGCAGGUGACAAUUGACAUAACCAGACAGCAGGUGGAGAAGAUCUUCGGUCUGGAUGAGUACUGGUGUCAGUGCGUCGCCUGGAGCACCACCGGAACGCAGAAGAGCCAAAAAGCGUACAUCAGGAUUGCUUACCUGAGAAAGAACUUUGAGGAGGAGCCGCAGGGUAAAGAGGUGGCAUUGGACCAGGAGGUGUUACUGCGCUGCCAUCCCCCCGAGGGAGUGCCACAAGCCGAGGUGGAGUGGCAGAGAAACGAGGAUGUGAUCAACCCAGAGAGCGACCUCAAUUUUUUCAUUACAACUGACCAUAAUCUCGUCAUCAAAAAAGCCCGGCUGGGGGACACUGGGAACUACACAUGUGUGGCUAAAAACAUCGUAGCUCGCCGCAAAAGCAACUCUGCCACGGUCCUCGUCUAUGUCAACGGCGGCUGGUCCACGUGGACCACCUGGUCGUCCUGCAGUGCUGUGUGUGGGCGCGGCUGGCAGAAGAGGAGUCGGAGCUGCACCAACCCCACGCCACUGAAUGGAGGCACAUCCUGUGAGGGGCAGAACGUCCAGAAAAGUGCCUGUGUGGCCACCUGUCCAGUGGACGGAGGCUGGAGCGAGUGGAGCAAGUGGUCGGCGUGUGGUGCGGACUGUUCGAUGUGGAGGAGCAGAGAGUGCACACAGCCCUCACCUGGCACUGGCGGCAAAGACUGCCAGGGGCUCGACCUCCAGUCCCUCAACUGUACCAGCGAGCAGUGCCCACAGACGGUGAGUGGGGCUGAGGACGUGGCGCUCUACGUGGGCAUGGUGGCGGUGGCUCUGUGUCUGACUCUGCUGCUCAUUGUGGUGGUCCUGGUGUACAGGCGCAAGAAGGAGGACCUGGACGCCGACGUUGCGGACUCCUCCAUCCUCACCACUGGCUUCCAGCCCAUGGGCAUCAAGCCCAGCAAGCCAGGUGUGUGGGCACCGCGGCCACGCAGGCCUCCCCCCCACAGCAAGAAUUCCCAUUUGCUCACCAUCCAGCCUGAUCUAACCACUACCACCACAAGUUACCAAGGCACCCUACGCUCUCGCCACGACGGCACGGGGAAGUUUUCAAUGACCAAUGGGCCUCUGCUGGACCCGCUACCAAACGGCUCGCACAGUCUGCACAACGGCAAGCUCAACUCUGACCCUGCUGAGUUUGUCAGCAGGCUGUCCACUCAGACCUACUUUAAAACGCUGCCCCGUGAUGUGGCUAACACCUCCUAUGGGACCUUCAAUUUCCUGGGAGGCAGGCUGACGAUCCCCAGCACAGGAAUCAGUCUGCUCAUUCCUCCCGAGGCCAUCCCCAGAGGAAAGAUCUAUGAGAUUUAUCUCACUGUUCAGAGGAAGGAAGAUUUAAGGUUGCCCCUGGCCGGCUGCCAGACCCUGCUCAGCCCCGUGGUGAGUUGUGGCCCUCCGGGGGUGGUCCUGAGCCGGCCAGUUAUCCUCAGCAUGGACCACUGCUCUGACGCAUGCCUCGAUAACUGGGCCGUCCGUCUCAAGAAGCAGAACUAUGAGGGCACUUGGGAGGACGUCCUGCUGAUGGGAGAGGAGCUUGUGUCAGAGCCCUAUUACUGCCAGCUCGAGGCCGAGACGUGCCGGCUUUUCACGGAGCAGCUGGGCACCCUCGCCCUGGUGGGAGAGUCCCUGCAUAUGGGGGCUGCCAAGCGCCUGAGGCUGGUACUCUUCUCAGAUGCUUACUGCUCCACACUGGAGUACAACAUCAGGGUCUACUGCAUGGACGACACACAAGAUGUCUUCAAGGAGGUGAUGCAGAUGGAGCGGCAGCUCGGGGGUCGGCUGAUUGACGAGCCUCACAUCCUGCUUUUCAAAGACAGCUACCACAACCUGCGCCUGUCCAUCCACGACAUGCCCCAGGCGCACUGGAGGAGCAAGCUGCUAGCCGGCUACCAGGAGAUCCCCUUCUACCACAUCUGGAACGGCUCCCAACGGUACUUGCACUGUACCUUCACUCUGGAGCGGCUCAGUCUCAGCACCUGCGAGCUCACCUGUCAGUUGUGCGUAUGGCAGGUGGAGGGGGAGGGGCAGAGCUUCAGCCUCGACUUCAACAUUGCCAAGGACACCCGAGCUGUGGACGCAGAGUUUCUGCUAAUGGACAGCAGCGCCACAGCUCUAGCAGGGCCCAGCGCCUUUCAGAUCCCGUACCUCAUCAGACAGAAGAUCUGCAGCAGCCUGGACGCCCCCUGUCCCAACGGAGCCGACUGGAGAAUGCUAGCACAAAGACUUAAACUUGAGAGACACAUGAGUUUCUUUGCAUCCAAAGCAAGCCCGACCUCUCUGAUCCUGGACCUGUGGGAGGCGCAGCAUUUCCACAGCGGUAACAUCAACCAGCUGGCCACAGUCAUGGCUGACAUUGGCAAACAAGAAGCCAUGAUUUUCCUGGUCUCUGAUGGCGAGUGCUAACCCAGAAAAGUGGAGAGACUGGUGCAGAGGAAAAGUACAGAACACAUACACACACACACACACACAGACACACACACACACACACACACACACACACACACACACACACACACACACACACACACACACACACACACACACACACACACACACACACACACACACAGAAAAACAAGAAAUACAGCAGCAGGAAUCCAAGAGCAGAGCUGUCCCCAUGUCCCUCCUCUUCACUUCAGAAGAUCUCUUUUCUGUAGGAUUCAGUCCCUAUAUCCCAUCCAAUAGAGUCAAAAUCCUUAAAUGAAAAACCAAAUGAGAGUUUGGGUGUGUGGGGGAGAUGUAUUGUUGGGAUCAGUGAAGAAAAUACCUGUCAUUUUCCAUACAAAUAUUAAGUAGAGUUGGUCCACAUUACUUUUACGUUUAAGAACUAAAUUAUCUUCAUGCCUUUUUUAUAAAAAGAAAUAGGCUGUUUAUGGCUAAAAAGGAGCAAUAUGCAAACGUAUGAUGAUGGCCAAUACUUCAAAUUGAAUGAAUACACAUUUAAGAAAAGGGACGGGAGAUAAGGACUCAGUCAUUUCAGGUUAAAGGGCGAAAUAUGCAAUUGGCUUGUUGGUUAUGACAUAAUCUCAGACAUUGAACAUAUUUCCAUAGUUAGGGUCUGUGAGCGUCCCCCUCCCUGUGAUAAUAUACAGGCGUGUCUUUACUGUUUCUCUAAACACACACAGAGAGCUUGUAGCACAUCCUGGAUCUGCAGGAUAGAUUGUAUGUCAGAGGCCCAAAAAACCAUCUCAUCGUGUUUGUGUUUUAGUCCGGCCGCUAUCACUGCUGUGAAUGUAACAUCUUGACAUCUUGAUUCAGCGAGACGCUUCACAGCCUCCUGCUUCUAAAUCAAUAUUUGUUGGUUUAGCUUCUUUGAACUUUUUGUUGAGGGAGGAGUGAGUAAUAUCUUCACUAAAGUCAUAUUUCAGAAGCCAUUUCCUUCUGAAGCCUGUGAUUGUGAUUCGUUCACUGUACUUCACGUCUCAUAUUCCCCCAAUCGUUCAUUGUGGCGUUUCCUUUGUUUUAAAUUCCACCGCUAAUGAAGGAGCCAUAGGGCCGAAAGGCAUUUCUAGCUGCAUAUAUGUGAACAUUGAAUGUCGUCAAAUCUCCUUUCUGAAAAUACAUUUUGCUCCUGAUUACGUUAAUUCUUUAGCAGAGAUGAUGUUAAACAUAAAAGAAUGGCCCAAAGGCGUAUCCCAUAAAAAUGAUGCAGAACACUUUUCACAUACAAAUCUAAAUAAGACAUUUCAUACAAAUCUUCACCAGAUUACAAGAAAAGCAGUUUUGUUCAUAAUUCAUUAAGCAAUGUUGGAAGAAGUUCUGCUAUUAUGAACUGUGUGGCAAACAGUAUUUCCACAUCAAAGAAAGGCUUGUCUCUGUGGGAAAGUUAAGAGUGGCUUAUUCACAAUGUCACGCUUCUGUUCACAAAAGAUGCUUUGAAAGGGUUUUUCCUUUUGUGAUUUCUAGCCAGGACGGCAAAAAAAUGAUCCAGCAGAUUCAUGCAAACCAUAAACUGCAACUACGCAUAAACUACUUUGCAUUAAUUUUACGCCGUUUUUUUUUUGUUUGUUGUUGUAUUAAUGUAUUUGUCAAGGUCUGGAAACAUUAAUACACGGAGUAUCUUUAAAGUCCACUGUUUUAGUAAUAAAGCUUGUGAAAAGGUGUGAGCAAUCCCAAUUAGCCAUAGUCCUCUGCGUCUGCCUCAGGGUUGCAUGUGAAGUUGUCUGUUGAAGCUAUAAAGAGAGCCCGUUUAGUUUUAACCCCUUCAUCUCCAAACAGCUCCUGUGGCUUCAACCUUUAACACUAACUGGAGCCUCUUUAUGAUUGUCAGAUAUCUGGAAUGUACAUUUAUGUUUCCAUGUAGUGGGGAAAAGGUAUGUUUUUGUUUUCCUUUUUUAAAUCUUAGUCUUUGUUUUUGAGUGUGGCAUCUCGGCACCUGUUGGCCCCUUUCAUGCUAAUAAACACGCCUCCUAUUAACCAACACGUUUUUACAAGCCCCUGUACGAUUGGAUGCAGAGAUGCCAUCAAAUAAUACCUUUUUUUAUUAACUUAAAGAAAACCUUGGAUCAAGCCCCUUUCUGAUAAAAUGGCGAUAUCACCUUAAAUAAAUCUUUUCAUGUUGAAAUGGAUCGUCGUCACAUGUAAUAUGUAAAUACUUUUUCUAUACCAGCCGUGUGCUGUCACUUUGCAUACUGUAUAUCAGCAGAAUUGGUAACCAAAGUUUUAUGAGUAUCAUUUGAGGCCACAACAUCCUCAUGUCGUAUCCAUUGCAUAUUGUUUCAGCGUUGUUUUACUCGGUUAGAAUAGAAGAACUCAGUUGCUGUCUCUAAAGUGCAGGCUUAAAGUCCUAAUCCUUUUAUCUUAUUUCCUUGCUUUUGUCUUUGAGGCAAGUAAAUGCUGUUCGUUCAAGCGGUAAUAUGUGUCAGUUUAUUUUGUCACUUUGUAAAGAAAUGUAAAUUAUAUUUUAAUAUGAAGCCAAAAAAAGACACUUAACUGGCGCAGCAUUUGUCAAGUCUAAACCGUGACGUGUUUGCCUAUAUACUGUUCUUUGGCGAUCUAGCAGUGAAGACUUUUUUGCAGUGUUAAGGGUUUAGAGACUGUUUUACAGGAAGUUUCUAUACUUAUUUUGUUCGUCCUUAAUCUGCAUAUGUCUACCUGAUUAUUUCUCUAAAUGUAAGCAUUUAAAUACAAGGUGGAAAUAGUCACUAAUGCUUAGUGAUUGCUACACUGGAACUGUGUGAACGCUGAUUUGGGGAACAUCAACAACCAGUGUUGACACAGCACGUUUAGAUGAGCCAUGGUAGUUGUACAGUCAGACUGUGUGUGUGUGGUUGUGCGUGUGUGUGAACCUUUAUCACCCCUGUCAUUGUGUUGUCGAAGCACAUUUCCGUAUUGUAAUUCACCAGCCGCCGGGAUGUUCAGCAUCUAUCUUCACAUCUAACUUGUCCAACAUAUCUAAAAUUACUGAGCGUGUGAUGAAUACAGCUCCUGUCAUGAUGGGCUCUGGACCUGAGGGUGGUGUAAGAUGCGUGUCAGUAAUGCACGUAUCCUUCAAAGAGUUUGGGGGAAAUUGUUACAUCUCACAAGUACUUUUUGUGUCACUCAUUACUGCUAAGUGUCAAGGAUGUUUGUGUGUGUGAUUGUGUGUGCGCAUCCCACCGUCACUCUGACUGAACAAUAGACUUCUGUAUUUGUGAAUGGGUUUUCUAUUUAGUUCCUUGAUUCAAUGUUCCUUGCCUUUCUGCAAGUCAAAAAUGCUGUAUUUAUUACAUGCCACAGCGCUUAUGCAAUUGUAUAAUCUUUUUGUUUUGUUCGUUUUUUUUUUUACCUUUUGUGUUCCUAUCGUCAAUGUAAAUUGUUGUCAAAACUUUUGUGGCGAUGGAGAAUCUCCUGCUGAAGGAGAUUUUCUGUACUUUUUGGACAAUGAUAUGGAUUUGUGGGUAGAAUUUUGGAAAUUCGUUUCUAAGUGCUUUCAAGUAUUUACUUGGCCUUAUGUAUAUAUAUCUAUCUAUGACAUUUCAGAAAGGUAUGUAUAGUAAUUCAACCUGAAAUUGUUGUAAAUAAAUUAUAUAUUGUUAAAUCAA